CAAUGCUUCUCUUUCAGAUAAAUUAUCCCUGAUGAAAGAGUUUAGCAACCGGAUGAGUCAACUGAGUGGCCAAGCUCUGCUGGAUGUCAGCAAACGUCUUGCAGUGCUUGUGGCAUGUGUUUAUCCCAGGAGCCCUGAAGUUGUCCAGCGCUACGCCUUGCCCGUGCUCUGGUCCUUCCUGGGAAACAAGAGCCCGCCCGUCCGAAGUGCCAACGUCAGGACUGUGGUCGCCCAGCUUGCAAAGGCCCUACAUGAAGCCAUGGGCUCCAAGCUGAGGAAGCAUGCUGCCAGCCAGCCUCAGAACGUGAUGAAAAACCUCUCCAACAUUUUGGGCUGGAAUGAAUGUCAUGUGAAGAAGAAGACGACGUAG